CUCCUGCCUCCUCCUCCCCCUCGGGCUCGCACCCCGGCACUGACACAAGGGAGGAGGCGGGGACGCGCGCUGCGCCGUGUGUGGUGUGCGGGCGGCGGAGGAGGCAGCAGCGGGAGCGCGCAGUGAGAGGUCAGGCUGGUGGAGGAGGACGGGCGGCAGCAGCAGCAGGAGCGGUGUAACGGGGACAUGCUGAGGACGGGACGCGGGCGCAGUGUGUGAUCGGGACGGGGCAGCGCCGUACACAGAGCCGGGAUCAUGUCCCUGAGGAGAGCGGCCCGAUACCAGAGCUGCUGCCCGGCUGUCAGCUGCAGCCGUCUAAGGAGAAUACAAGAAAUCCUCACACACUCCAGCAAAUCCACUCCGGAUGGCAUUCUCUGUAUACUAGGGAUUGACAGCCGAUACAAUGAAGGGUGCCGGGAACUGGCCAAUUAUCUGCUCUUCGAUCUGUACAGCCACAGAAAUGCUGAAUUUGAAAGAACCGGGUUUCCCGAAGAAGUUCUGGAUGAUCUUAUUAUCUUAAUCAAAGCAGACAGCGUUCACCUGUACUGCAAUCCUGUGAACUACACCUACCUGCUGCCAUAUGUGGGCUGCUGGAGGAACCUACAUUUCCACUGCAUGACUGAAAGUGAGUAUGAAGAUGAGGAAGCAGCCGAAGAAUUUAAAAUCGCCAGCUUUGUCAACAUGGUGCGAGAUUGUAGCCGCAUCGGGAUUCCUUACAGCUUCCAAGGUCACCUGCAAAUGUUUGACAUGUUCAUUGUGGAGAAGUGGCCGAUCGUCCAGGCGUUUGCGCUGGAAGGCAUUGGUGGUGGCGGUUUCUUCACCAUGAAACACGAGCUGAUGGACGUGAGCGAGUCGCUAUGGAAGGCAUACAGCGUCAUGGACCCCGUGUCUCUGGAGGCACUGCUGACAGAGGACCUAGUUACCUUCCAGCAUCAGUGGAGCAGCUUCCUGUCAAACUUUGAAACUGAAAUUCCUUUUCUCCUGGAGCUGUCGGAGUCUCAGGCUGGAGAGCCUUUCAGAAGUUAUUUCAGCCACGGGAUGCUCUCCAGUCACAUUGCUGAUAACAGUCCCUGCAGGCAGCCCUUUGUCCUGUUUGGCAGCCACUCCACCAGAGAGAACUUAGUGCCUGGCAGCUUUAUCUUCCCCUCUGAGGGCCAUCUCGUCAGGAACACGGGUCCUGGAGGAAGUACAGCCAAACACAUGGUGGUGCAGUGUGUCUCGCCUAAGGGCCCCUUGGCCUGUUCUCGGACGUACUUCUUUGGGAGCACACACGUUCCUUACUUAGGGACUGACAAUGAGACGCAGAAGAGAAAUGAGCACAUUGCCUUGCUGUCUCAGAUCUAUGCGGCGGUGGUUGACGCUGUGCUGGCUGGGAUUGCAUGCUACGUAAAGUCUUCAAGCUUAACAAAGGCAAAGGAAGUAGCGGAACACAAUCUCUGGAUGCUGCUGGACUCCUUUAAUCUGGUUCAGAUGAAAGCCGCUUUGAGGUCUAAAGUAACAUUUCAUAUUGAAGCUGUGAACAGUCUGGGCAGGAUUGUGCCAUUGGACCAUAAUGAUAGCAAGCAUCUGAUAAAGUCUGCUUCCAUGACUGUGUACGACAUUCCUGACCUGCAGGGCGGAAGAGGGAAUUUGGGGUCCGUCGUGUUUUCAGAAUCGUUUUUGAAGUCAGAAAUUCUUGUUCGAGACAAAGAUGGAGCGAUGACUUCAGAUAAUAACUACAUCAUCCUGACUGCUGCUGUUCCACGCUAUAUAUCAUGGCUGGUGGAAGAUAAUGAAGUAAAACUUUCUGAGAGAGCUCAGAAUACUGUGAAGGAACAUGAAUCAUUUCUCGGGAGUUUCCUGUCCGGUGGAGACGGGGCCUACAUGUGUUCCAGUAGCCAACACAUAUCGCCUGAGGAAGGCAAAUUGUAUUUCUUUUCUGAAGGCGUCCUGUUUGUUCACCCCAACCACGGAAGCAUCACAGUACCGAGGAGUCACAUGACCUCUAUCAAGUUUCAUGAUGGUGAUUCCAGCAGUGUCGUGGCUCUCCUGAUCGUAGAGUGUAAAGGAUCCCUGCUCGCUCACCUGCCCAUCCAUUUCAGUGCUCCUGGCAGCUUCAUCACAUUUGCACUUUUACCCAAGUCCAAGAGCUACCGGGCCUUUUACUCCCAGGUUCUUAAACAAUGGCGGCAGCAGACUGAGAGUUCGGGAAUCACCCUCCAGGUGAUUGAGGACCACCGACUAUCUGAGGAACAGAGGAAGAUCUACUUGAACAUGCAGAAUGUAUAUGAGGCAUUAUCCUAUCCGGCCACAGAAAGAUGGAGUCAGCGGAAACUGAUAACUGCUAACCUUCCUGGUCUGGAGAGCUUCCUACAGCACCUCUCGGUCAGCAGUGUGGGGAGCGAGCCAGUUCCAAGAACGCACCUGCCAGCAUUGCUUCAACACUCAGAGACCAUUGCAGGGAGCCACGCAGAGAAUGACAAGGUGGCUGUUAACAUCAUAACUGGACUGCCGGGAAGUCACUGCAGUGACCUGUGUGAUUUUCUUGUGUCCACCCAAAAGGAAUAUGGCAGGUGGCUGGUGUACCGUCAGCCCAGUGAUCAUUCUAAAGAGUUCAACAAAGCACAGUUCCAGAGAUUCCUCUCCAGCAUCCUGGACGCACAACGCAAUCGCAGUGCCCGUCAGGCCGUCUAUUCCAGGAAGAAGAUGAGGCUCCUCCUGGUUAUAGAGGGAUACGCGGAUGUGAUUGAUGUCGUGCAGGCCAUCCAAACCCACGCUGACCCUCUUGUCAAGACCUCCUUCAUUGUUGGCGCUGUGACCGCCUGUGUGGACCCACUGAGCUGUGCUAUGGAGCACAGGUUUUAUUUUCCUAAAUUUCUGGAGCAGUGCUCUCAAGGUAUUGUCAGCAAUGUGGUGUUCACCAGUCUGACCUCUGAGCAGAGACACCCAUCCCUGGGGCUCCUCCAGAAACUGAUCCGAACUGUGAACCCUGGGGCUGCCUUUAUUCUGGCCGAAAAGGGAGUGGUCACCAGAAAUGAGGACAUUGAGCUGGUUCUUUCUGAAAGCAGCUUCUCCAGCCCUCAGAUGCUAAGAACACGGUAUUUGAUGUACCCUGGCUGGUAUGAUGGUAAAUUCCUAGCUGGACCGGUGUCACCGAAGAUGGACCAUGUCAGCGUGUGGUUCAGCCGACACUUGGAAAAGUCCCUGUUCAUGGCUCGGUGUAAAGCCAUGAAGUCCUCUGCUAAAUCUUUCCCCUUCUUGGGGAACAUAUACCAUAUAAUGGGGAGAGUCAAGUUCUCAGGCUCUGAGCAGAUGGUAGAAGUUUGCCAUAACACGUUGAGCAACUCUCUGAGUCUAGUCUCAAUGGAGGAGAGACCCACCCCACCGCCUGACCCCAGACAUGACCUGCGAGAGAACAGCAUUCAUGAGCAAUGCGUCCUAGUGUUCAUUGGUUCCUCCCUCAAGGAGGCGGAUAUAAAGGACUGGCUCCGGCUGUGUGCCAAGCAGAAACCACAGAAGAAAGCAUUAAGAACGAGACGAUCACUAGCUGUUCACGAAAUCCGGAAUAUACACGCGAAGCGUCACUUGGACCCUCUUCCGGACGGCUAUUUCUACAAUGGAACUCAGUUUGUGAAUUUCCUUGGAGAGAAAAUGGAUUAUCAUCCAUUAAUGGACCAGUUUAUAUACGAUUACAUCAAAGAGGUGAACCGAGAAAUAGAGAGACACAACCGGGAUCUGGAGCAGCAGGAAUAUUACGAUGUCUUCGGGCAGAAGCUGUGAAGGUCUGCGGUCUCUGUUGAUGCACUGUUCAGCGUUACCCGUCGUCAGCGGAAUGACUGCAGAACCAGAGUCGCCAUCUGGAAGACUUCUAACCUGUUGUGAUUAUCCUCCUCUUACAGUCUGCUUCAUUCUUGGGAGGGCGUGGGGAUGGGAGGGGGAUGGUGGGGGGGGGGUUUAUAAAUCAAUUUGCACCUUAUGAGUUUAGUCUGUUCACAACAGCGCGGCUAGUUUCCUUGCGGGCCUCAUAGCCCAUUAUCCGAUGUAUGUAACAUUGACACAGAGAAGGCAGCAUUUAAUGAACCACUAAUUACUGUAGGUCCAAGUGUCCUCAUACAUUAGCUUAAUGUAAGCAGAUGGGACAAGUCAGAAUGGUUCUUUAUUCCGAUAUGUAGCUAUUUCACUUUCAUUCCUGUGUACCGCUCUUACUAGUUUACAGCAUUGAACGCUGUUGCUCUGUGUAAUAGAGUAUCCCUAAAGCACUUGCAGAAUGUCCGCGUUACAGAGGGACCAUCCAUGUCAUUUACUCGCUACGUGUCGCAGUUAACGGCUCAUUUUGGGGACAGCCAGGUUGUGGCCUCCACUGAUAUUCAUAGGGAGACAGCCCAUACUCCCACAAGCACAAAUUGCCUCAUUGGGGCCUGUAUAGGAGGCUCCAUUGAAUAUUGCUGCAGAACUCAAAACACUAGCGGCCAACUCCGCGGUGUAUUGUCUAUGAUCCGUCUCCGGCUGCACCGCAGUGUAUUGUCUAUGAUCCGUCUGCACCACAGUGUAUUGUCUAUGAUCUGUCUCCGGCUGCACCGCGGUGUAUUGUCUAUGAUCCGGCUGCACCGCGGUGUAUGGUCUAUGAUCCGUCUCCGGCUGCACCGCGGUGUAUUGUCUAUGAUCCGGCUGCACCGCGGUGUAUGGUCUAUGAUCCGUCUCCGGCUGCACCGCGGUGUAUUGUCUAUGAUCCGGCUGCACCACAGUGUAUUGUCUAUGAUCUGUCUCCGGCUGCACCGCGGUGUAUGGUCUAUGAUCCGUCUCCGGCUACACCGCGGUGUAUUGUCUAUGAUCCGUCUCCGGCUGCACCGCGGUGUAUUGUCUAUGAUCUGUCUCCGGCUGCACCGCGGUGUAUGGUCUAUGAUCCGUCUCCGGCUGCACCGCGGUGUAUUGUCUAUGAUCCGGCUGCACCGCGGUGUAUGGUCUAUGAUCCGUCUCCGGCUGCACCGCGGUGUAUUGUCUAUGAUCCGGCUGCACCACAGUGUAUUGUCUAUGAUCUGUCUCCGGCUGCACCGCGGUGUAUGGUCUAUGAUCCGUCUCCGGCUACACCGCGGUGUAUUGUCUAUGAUCCGUCUCCGGCUGCACCGCGGUGUAUUGUCUAUGAUCUGUCUCCGGCUGCACCGCGGUGUAUGGUCUAUGAUCCGUCUCCGGCUGCACCGCUGUGUAUUGUCUAUGAUCCGUCUCCGGCUGCACCGCGGUGUAUUGUCUAUGAUCCGGCUGCACCACAGUGUAUUGUCUAUGAUCUGUCUCCGGCUGCACCGCGGUGUAUGGUCUAUGAUCCGUCUCCGGCUGCACCGCGGUGUAUUGUCUAUGAUCCGGCUGCACCACAGUGUAUUGUCUAUGAUCUGUCUCCGGCUACACCGCGGUGUAUUGUCUACGAUCCGUCUCCGGCUGUGUUGUAUAUGGUCCGUCUCCGGCUGCACCGCGGUGUAUUAUCUACGAUCCGUCUCCGGCUGCACCGCGGUGUAUUGUCUAUGAUCCGGCUGCACCACAGUGUAUUGUCUAUGAUCUGUCUCCGGCUGCACCGCGGUGUAUGGUCUAUGAUCCGUCUCCGGCUGCACCGCGGUGUAUUGUCUAUGAUCCGGCUGCACCACAGUGUAUUGUCUAUGAUCUGUCUCCGGCUGCACCGCGGUGUAUGGUCUAUGAUCCGUCUCCGGCUGCACCGCGGUGUAUUGUCUAUGAUCCGGCUGCACCACAGUGUAUUGUCUAUGAUCUGUCUCCGGCUACACCGCGGUGUAUUGUCUACGAUCCGUCUCCGGCUGUGUUGUCUAUGGUCCGUCUCCGGCUGCACCGCGGUGUAUUAUCUACGAUCCGUCUCCGGCUGCACUGCCGUGUAUUGUCUAUGAUCUGUCUCCGGCUGCACUGCGGUGUAUUGUCUAUGGUCCGUCUCCGGCUGCACCGCGGUGUAUUAUCUACGAUCCGUCUCCGGCUGCACUGCGGUGUAUUGUCUACGAUCCGUCACUCCCUCUGUUUUCCCUAAGCCAUAGAUAACUAUAAAACAGGGGCCCUUCCUCAGUCACGCUCCAGUGAUUUGCCUAUCCAGAUUCUAUAGUCACUUUCUUUAUGUAAAUGAGUUUAGGUUAAAGUGUGAUAAUAAGAAAUAGGUUUCUCAUCGUAUAAGUGUUUUAUCUGAUCACUUCACGUAGAUGCUCAACAUUUCUAAUGCACUAUUUGUAAAGUUACAAUACUAGAUGAAUGUUGGUUUCUCACCCUUGCUGUGUGCAAUAUGCUCCAUAUAGCGGCUCCUCUGACGCAGAGAGUACAGAGCAGCUGCUCAGACAGAGAGUGGAGCGUUACACGUCUGAAGGCUCAGACAGCCAUUGGGCCUGCAAUAAACUAGACGGGUAACAUUUAAUGUAGACUAUUGAAAAGUAACUGACAUUCAUCCUAUGGGAGCCUCGCACACCGCCAUUGUAUCUUGCUGGCGCCUCAUGUUACCCCAUAAUAGGGACAAGUAUAUGGAUUAUUUUACUUAUUGGGAAGAAAUAGUGCAUGUAAAGGAGUCUGCUAUCCCUGAGGGUUCUGCCUUCAGCAUAAAUGCUUAUCUUCCCAUCUCUGUCUAUUGGAGAUUGGGAUAUAGCCAGGAAGCUUCGGAGUAGUUCUACAGAGUGUACUUGUAUACUAUGUUCUACAUACAACGAGGCCGCCAUAUUGUGUGCUGAAACUGCAGCCUUUACUAGAUGCAGGUGACCAAGUUUCUCUAGAAUGCAGCCCGUAUUUAUUCUAUAGGCGAUACACGGACAGCACAACGUGCCAGUGGGGUACCUGGUUCCAGUGAACAGAUAGGGUGAUGUCUCAGUGAUGUCACUGGUUGUUAGUCUACAGAUAUGCUGCAUUCCCAGUGAUGUCAUAGGCUACAUUCUCUGUGAUAUCACUGGUUCUUAGUGUACUGAUAGGCUGUACUCUCAGUGAUGUCACUGGGGCACAGAUGUACUAAGCCGUGGAGAGUGAUAAAUUGGAGAGACAGCUCCUAACUCAUUUAUCAAACACAUCCUGUAACAUGGCAUUUAGAAGCUGAUUGGCUGCUACUUUAUUUCUCUCCACUUUAUUACUCCCCAAGGCUUAGUACCAUUCCCCCUGGUCCUUGAUAGACUGCACUCUCAGUGAUGUCACCAGUACCUAGUCUGCUGAUAGGCUGAAUUCCCAGUGAGACCACUCCUCCUUAGUCUACUGAUAGGCUUGGGCUGUACUCUAAGUGAUGUCACUGGCUCUUAGUCUACCAAUAGGCUACAUUCCCAGUGAUGUCAUAGGCUACAUUCUCAUAAACAUUCGUUCAGCCCAGACAAUUUUGGCCUUCUUCUCUUAAUAGAAUAUCGCACCUCCUGUAUCUAUGGCUUCCGAACAGACUGUGUUCAAUUAUUCUCCUGACCUGUUUUGUUCUAUAUUGCUUUUUUUGUGUAUUGUGACUUUUAAUACAAAUGCCAUAAUUUUAAGCAAAGACCAUAUAAUAACAUGUUGUGGUGUAGAUGUAGACUUGUUACCGAUCUUUUACAUUGAGGUUUAGAACAUGCCGGUUUGGCGUCGUCUUAGCGGUACAAACCCGCAUGUUGCAGAGCUCUGUAACUUACCUAUGCAUGGACUAGUGCCUCUUACAACGAGUAGGGAUUAGCAGGUGUUCCAAACCAAUUGAUAGUUAACAAUUCCAUAGGUGGUCCCACAUAUCCAUAUAAACAGGGGGAGAUACUGUUCCCAGUUGUACUCUGGAUGUGUCCAGUGAUCUACCAUGCGAUAAUUCGGUCAUUGUAUAUUUGCUGGUGCUGAAUACCUUACGUCGCACCUUUUGGAAAGGUAUAAAGAUUAAGGAUUUAGCUGAGGAAUAUUCUGUGACGGAACCGGGGCGACCUGUUAUAACACUGCUAGCCUCUACCGGAGGAUAUAAUCAUUCAUGAAAGCCAUACAGAAGUAGUAUAAGAGUCGUGUAGCUAUAUAGCAGUAAUUAUAGUAAGAGACAUUGAUUGUAUAGAAUAUGUCUCCUGUAUAACUGUAAACCGCUUAGGUGACGUGGAAACGGACGCGUCGCGCUGCGUCAUCUACAAAUGACGCAGCUGUUAACGAAAGCGAAAUGUGUGGACGCUUCUUGUUCAGACGUAGAAUAGACUUUAAAUUGUGCCCAGUGCCUACACCCAGCCGAAACCAACAUGCCGCCAAUCGCUUCACUAGCGGCAUACUUGAGGCAAGCGGAGCCUCGGGCCUCUUAUCUGCUUUGAAACGAUUGACAGGCCAUAUCCUCAAGAAUAUUCAGCGGAGGCGGCAGGUACACUUUAAUGAGCACACAGUGGGGUUUGACAAGAUUGUAACACUCAUUUAAACUUUAGCGCACUUUGUAUUGUUCGGUAGUUUUGCGCUGUAAUAAAACAAAAUACCUUUCACCAGACUGGUACUACUUCUAUUAAGAAAUUUGCUAUGACUUUGCAUCAGAAGUCAUCCGAUUUACCUCGUUUUGUAGCUCAAAUCAUUUUUAGUAACGACAGGAGACUGUGGUGCUAUUGCGAGAUAGCAGUGCCUUGCAUGCGGCGUAGUUACGCCCAUCUGUUUUUUAACGUCUCCCUCCCCGAUUUUACGGGACCUACAGUGCUGGUGAAAGGAUUUUCAGUUUGCUCAGAUUAUCCUACGUAAGUUUUGAGCACAACAUUAUAUAAAUAUAUAUAUCCUUAGGAAUUAAGAAGAAGAAAAAACUCUUUGGGGACUGAAAUCUAUAAAGAGGACUUGUAAAAAAAAAAAAAGAGAGAACAGCGCAGUUUUCCGAAGCGUCUGCAGAACGAAUCUACGCUUUUGCGCGAUGUCCUCUUAUGAAACGUGUAUAUACUGUAACUUCAAUAGAGAGAAAAACUGUUUAGGUUUAAGAUUAACCUAAUUCUGUUUUAACUACUGUAAAUCGAAACCGUUCCAGUGAGUACAAAAGAAGUGCCAUUACACUGUGCGACUAUCUUUCCCGCCAUCGCGGGAGAAUGCGACUAGCGUCCUCAAGGAGUUUACAAGCUUUGGCUGACCUUCCGUGGCAGCUUGUGUUUUUAUCACAGAGUGAGUGUGUCUAGGGUUGCUGAAGUUAUAGGAGGUAGAAACGAUGUGAUAACACGAAGACAAAUCCACGUUUGCACCCGGAAAUUUUCCUUCCUUUUCCACUCUUUUUUUUUUUUAAUAGGGAAUGUCCACCGUUACAAAAUGUGUUGCCCAGACAGAUUUACUCUACCCAUAUCCAAUGCUCAGAGCAGAGUCUUUCUGCGUCAUAUCAAAGGGUAGCGAAAGUAAAUCUACCUGGACAAACAGAAUUUUUCAAAGGCGGCACUUCUCUGUUUUUUAUUUAUUAUUUUUAUUGGGAAAAUUGCCCCUGCGUACAGCGGGAAUAGCUUACGGCACAAACACGCCGCAAGGGCGAGUUUUCACCAAAAGUUUUAUUUUGCACAAAUCCAAACUGUUGAAUACCUUGGGGUGUUUGGAAAAAAAAAAGGGAAAAUUGUACCCUAGGAGAAUAGAUACUGUGAUUUUAGCAUCUUUAGAGAAUUAAAAUACGUACCUCAGAACAAUAGUGAGAAAAGAGCUGCGUCGCUUUUCACGAUUGUGGAAAGCGAAUAUAUUAAAGUCUCACUCAACAGUGUGCCAAAUUCACUUUAUUUCUUAUGUUUGCUGGGUUUUACCUGUUUGUUUUCUAUUGUUUUCUUUUUCAUUUGUCCACAGACACUACUGUAACUUCAGUAAAACUGAACUGUGUGAUUGAAGCUUUUGCUAACUAUUGUAUUUAUUACUACUUAGUAUAGAGAAUUGUAUGAAAUGACCUUUCCAUUUAUUUUUGUAUUACUUUUAAUGUUUUUACUUGCCAUCGAGCAGAUCUGAUUUUUACACUUAACUCCAGUGUACCUGCUAGAUAACAAUAAACUAUUUUAUUGUCUGUUU